AUGCAGUCCUCAUCUACCCUGCCUACUGAACACACCUAUGCUGACCCUGAAUUGUCACAUCAGUAUCCUUCUUCUACUGAUGUAUCAGGUUUCCUUGAUAACAACAACUCUUCCCCUAGCCUGCAGCAGCAGUCUGCUACUCCCAGCUCUGAUAGUGACCAUUCAGGUACUAACGCAGAGCCUAUUCCUUUUAGACAACCCAAUAACCAUUCUGCCCCUAUACUUCCUGUGACAGAUCCACCUGCAGCUGGUCCCAACCCAACUGAUAAUCCUGGUUCUCCUUUAUCCAUUGAAUCUUAUGAUUCCCUAUCCUCCCACAAUCCUAUUAACCACAGUCCUUCUAAUCAUUUUCAAGAAAACCAGGAUAACCAUAUAAGACCUUCCAAUUUACCUUUUAGACAAUCUAGUCGUAUUUCCAAUCCUCCAACCUAUCUUGCAGAUUAUCAUUGUUAUCAUGCUAACAAUAACCAGAACACUUCCCACUUUCCUUUCAUACAAACACAAACUACCUAUCCCCUCUCUUCUGUCAUAUUUUAUCACAAAUGUUCUCCCUCCUACAAGAAAUACUGCUGCAACAUAUCAUCCAUAUCUGAACCAACCACUUACAAACAAGCCAUUAAACAUGACUGUUGGAUAAAUGCUAUGGAUGUGGAGCUUAAAGCUCUUGCAGAGAAUCAAACAUGGGUUGUGGUGGAUUUACCCUCUGGAAAAGUUCCAAUUGGUCGCCAUUGGGUAUAUAAGGUCAAGUACAAAGCAAAUGGAUCUAUUGAAUGUUACAAAGCCAGAUUGGUAGCUAAAAGGCUACACUCAAAUGGAGGGAAUUGA